GUAUUCAAAGAGACAGAGAGAAAUAGUUAAACAAGGAUUACAAACUAACUAAUUUAGAGACAGACACACACAGUCAAAUACGAGAGUCAGACAUAAAGACACAGACGCACAUACACACACACACACACACACACACGCACACACACACACACACGCACCUGAAACCCCGGAAACUGCAAUAUCAUGGAAAUAUAUCACUUAGCUGUGUUCAUGCAGAUAAAACUAGCGCUGUUGUGUUGCGCGAUACAGCUGUGUGGAUGAAUCAUGUCUGCCACCGCCUUCAUCACUUGCUACCUCCCGGCCAAACAAACUGUUAACCACUCAGUGUGUGUGUGUGUGUGUAAGGCAGCCAUGUGCUCUUCCCUCCACUUAGUCUAGUGAUCAUUGAUGUCUUGCGUUGUGUUUAGGAGUCUCCCGUCCAAGAAACCAAGAGACACGGGUACAUUUUCUCAGAUGGUCAAACGCGGCUGGCUCAUUCCUCGACGUAAACACAAAUAAGUAGUUCAAUCUCAGCAAUCUCUUGUAAAUAUUAAUAUAGCUGUGAUUUCUAGGCUCUUACAAGCUCUAGAACAACAGACAACACUGGCGCUAGAUUUAUUUUCGGAAGUCAUCUGUAAACUAUGUAAUCAUUCGUAAGACAUCAGCAGCAACUGAAGUGAAGAAGCUAAGGUGUUUGUGUGAAGACCACUGUGUUCUGGUAGACAUUAACCAGCUGUGGACAUACUCGCAAUAAAAGGAAAACUACAUAUGUUGUUAAUAAGAUAUAUGCUUAAAUUUACUAUAGUAUAUGUGAUUUGCUUAUAAAUUCAUCACCAUGGCACCGAGUGUGAACGAUGGACGUUUUAUAUCACAGAUCAAAUUGGCUGAAAAUGGUGGCAACAGCACAAAUAGGAUGCCCGGUGUUGUUGUUACGUGUACGAGUAAGACAACAAACGAUGGAUCCUCUCCCGUAAGCGGUGAACCUAAGAGGAAGUUUAAGUGUGAACUGUGUGGUAGAAUUUUCCUCAAACGAUGGCACCUGAUCUACCACAUCAGGAUGCACACAGGGGAGAAGCCUCACCAGUGUGAUAGGUGCGACAGGGCGUUUAGGCAGAAGGGGGACCUGAACCGACAUUUGACGGUUCAUACAGGUGUCAAGCCCUAUAAAUGCCAUGACUGUGGUAAGGCCUUCAACCAUAAGAGUAAUCUGGUCCAGCACACCAGACGACACACCGGGGAGAGGCCUUACCAGUGUCGUGAGUGUAAGAAAUCCUUCUCCAGAAAGAGUGUUUUGAUACAACACAUUUUCUCACACACCGGAGACAAACCCUUUCGCUGCGACCACUGCCAGAAGAUAUUCUCCAGUAAAGGCGCCUUAAGAAAACAUGCUUGGCAACAUAAUGGAGGAUGGCCGUACACGUGUGGCAAGUGCAACAAAGGGUUUUCCGACAGGACGCAUCUGACGACCCAUAUGAGGAUUCACAGUGGUGAGAAGCCCUAUGAGUGUGAGAGCUGCGGCAAGACCUUCUCAGAUAAGAGCAACUUAGGUCGCCAUGUUAAGAUCCACUCAUGUAAUCCAAACAACACUUGUAAACAACGUAAAACAUUUUUCAAUGGGAGGAAGAGUAAGGAUUCAGACGACCCUCAAACGUUAACUAUUCAUCAUAAGUGCAGAGACCAUUUCUUUGAAACUAUGACGACCCAAAAACACGACUUUACCAGAUAUGUGUGUGACGUCUGCAAGAAAGAGUUCGCCCUGAAAAGUAACCUUGCCAAACACUUCGUUCUCCACACAGGUGAGAAGCCAUACAAGUGUAAUGAGUGUGGGAGAGAUUUUGCUCAUAUGAGUAACAUGACGAGACACCGCAAGACACACCUGGGCGAGAAGACCUUCAAGUGUAGGCACUGUUGUAAGAAGUUCACUCGUAGCAGCUCUCUGAAGAACCACCUGGAGACACAUGUACAGCCGCAUCAUAUUAACGAACUAAAGAACCUGGAGCCUAGAGGUACUGUACAACCCGGGAAUAGACGUCAUACUAGUUCUGAUCAUAGUACUAGUUCUGAUACUAGUUCUGAUCAUAGUACUAGUUGUGAUCAUAGUACUAGUUCUGAUCAUAGUACUAGUUCUGAUCAUAGUACUAGUUCUGAUCAUAGUACUAGUUCUGAUCAUAGUACUAGUUGUGAUCAUAGUACUAGUUGUGAUCAUAGUACUAGUUCUGAUCAUAGUACUAGUUCUGAUCAUAGUACUAGUUCUGAUCAUAGUACAAGUUGUGAUCAUAGUACUAGUUGUGAUCAUAGUACUAGUUCUGAUCAUAGUACUAGUUGUGAUCAUAGUACUAGUUGUGAUCAUAGUACUAGUUGUGAUCAUAGUACUAGUUCUGAUCAUAGUACUAGUUCUGAUCAUAGUACUAGUUCUGAUCAUAGUACUAGUUCUGAUCAUAGUACUAGUUCUGAUCAUAGCACUAGUUCUGAUCAUAGUACUAGUUCUGAUCAUAGUACUAGUUCUGAUCAUAGUACUAGUUCUGAUCAUAGUACUAGUUCUGAUCAUAGUACAAGUUGUGAUCAUAGUACUAGUUGUGAUCAUAGUACUAGUUGUGAUCAUAGUACUAGUUGUGAUCAUAGUACUAGUUCUGAUCAUAGUACUAGUUGUGUAUCCUCAGCAGGUAGUUUUGGUCUCAGAAGAGGAAUAACAAACAGGACAAUCACCCAUCCUAGCUUCACGUCAACUCAGGUACAGGAAUAUUUAACGACACAGAAAGAUGUUACAGGAAUCCACAACCAGCAAGAACUACAGUGUGCUGGGAGGAGAAUGAAUCAUCCCAUGGUGACUAUUCCCAGAGCAAAUAUUCUACAGCUUAAAUCAGAGACACAAGAUGGUUAUCACGACACCUUGAGAAGUGAAACACAACUCCAGGGUCACUUUAACCUUCAGCAAAACAUGGACCAGUUCUUGUUCACUACGUCAAGGACAAAUAUCAUGCAAGUGAAAUCAGAGAGAGAGGAUAAUUACAACAACGUAAGGAACACACAGCGGGGAGUGACUGCCUUAACACCUCAACUAACACCCACUGUGUCACACCACGCCACGUCGCCCUUCCAUCCCUGGACAAUAGACAAUAUGAGGAAACAAUAUCACAAUCCUCUGGUGAAUAACACUUUGGAAAAUCACUGUCAUAAUCGAUUUCAGAACACAAAUGAACUUUAUAUCGACAAGAUUCAGAGGGAAACCGAAAAGGUGUAUAAGAAUACCAGAGUUAAAGCAGAAAAUGACUGUGUAUAUAGAUUAGACCUGAGUACUACUAGGCUGGCUGGGAGUGAAGAGUCUCUUCACCAUAAUAACUGGAUCGAUUUCUCGACAUCAGUGAAAACAGAAUCUGAAUCUAAUAUGAAAAUGGAAUUAGAGUUGGGUUCUGAGGAAUAUUAUAACCCAAAUAUAUAUUAACUAUUGUGUAAAGUUGGUGUUUCUAGUCAAAACCUUAUAUGAAUUUAUAUAUUUACUGUUUUUGUAAUUCGUAAUCUUCUUUGAAAUUCAUAAUGUAAAGAAAAUUGUUAAAAAGUAU